GUUAUGCUAUUCUAUAUGCUUCCACUAAAAAAUUAAUUUCUUUUUCUUAAUUUCUUUUUCCUGAUUGUUGAUGGCAUGUUGGUGGAGUCAAACUCUUUGGCUCCACCAACUUUUACAGUAGAUUUUAAGUUAUUUUUGUGUUUAAUUAAAAAAAUGAGUCAUUUUAAUAAUUAAUUAGAUUUUUAGGUUAUUUUUAUAAAAAAAGUGGCCAUAAUGAUUUGCUUUGGGAAUUAUAUACUUAAAUGCGUUAUUUGAUGGCAAAUGAACCAUGAGGUGCUCUACAACUGCCUAAGAAGUGCUUAGACUGUUUAGAGGUGAGGACAAAACCUUGAGAGUGUAUUAGUUCUUUAGCAAUGCCCAAAGAAGAUUGUUGAGGUUUCAACUUCUUCGAAAGAAGCCUGUGAAGUGCCAUCAACCCAAAAUUGGCAAAUUCUUCAACAUGUUCGAUAUUGUCUCUAGUUAAAAUUGUCUCUUGACUCUACUGCCCCUAAAGUGAUGAUAGAUUCACAAAAUAAGAGUGCUUGAAUAGAUGAAUUAUCAAACAAAUUAAAAAGUUUACAAUUAGUGAGAUUUAAACUCAUGCCUAAAAUGAAACACGAGUCCAAGUAUACCACCACUUGGGCUAGUCCAAUAUUAUCUUUGGUGAGAACUUUGUCUCCAAACUCUAUCACACUUGAAGAGACCACAAGGAGUCAGCAUGCCUUAUCGUGUACCUGAAUAGACGAGGUUAUGACAAACUAUAGAGCCUAGAGAUGAGAAGGCUCGAAUCCCUAACCUAUAUAGUUUAUAGGUCAAUGGGAGAGCAUGGAAUUAAUCCAAGUGGUUUUAUACGUGUACUCAUACCUCAUUUAAGGUACGUGUUCAAACACCAUCAACUGCAAAUUUUUAUGUUCCUUUGACAAUUCACUUAUUCAAGUAUCCAACAAGACAACGUGUUUAGUAGUCUACUAACUCUAAACAAAUAAUACUUCACAAAUUUUUCUAAAAAUAUUUUAAAAAAUCCCAGAACUGAUUUGUAGGAUGUUUCACAUCAAUAAAAACACAGAAUUUUUGCUAAUGCUUUCCUAAUUCUAGAAACUAAUCAAAAGAAAAUUUUAUCAUCAUUGACUAUGCAAAAAUGUCAACGAGCCUAGGCUCGUGCAACCAUGUUUGUAUGGUAAUGAAUAAUAUCUUACCAAACAAAGCUUAAGUAAUAUAUAUAUAGUCAUUAGAUCGUGUUUGCCACCUACUCAGUACUCAACUCUUCUAUAAGAUUCAAUUGUGUGGCCAAAUUUACGAACAAAAUUAAGCCAUGGCUUCCCUUUCAUGUCUUGUAUUGCUUUCAUUUAUUUUCUCAAAUUUUGCUCAUUCACUAGCAGGUUAUUACACCUCUAAACUACUUGCAUACAAUGUCCCUAAGAAACCCAUGAAUGUAAUAGACUCCUGCUGGCGAACCAAGUCCGAUUGGGCCGUCAAUCGCAAAGCCUUGGCCAACUGUGUGGUCGGCUACGGUAAAGCAACUCUAGGAGGGAAAUACGGAGCGAUUUACGUAGUUACGAGCCCUUAUGAUGAUCCCGUCAACCCUAAACCCGGCACGCUUCGUUAUGGUGUUAUUCAAUCCGUUCCUCUUUGGAUCGUUUUUGCUCGAGAUAUGGUCAUCAAACUGAAAAACGAAUUGAUAGUGAAUAGUUUUAAAACCAUUGAUGGUAGAGGGGCUAAAGUUGAGAUUGCAUAUGGACCUUGCAUAACAAUUCAAGGUGUUACCAAUGUUAUAAUACAUGGUAUUAGCAUUCAUGAUUGUAAACCUGGGAUGGUCGGUCAGGUUAGGAGUUCCCCGACACAUGUAGGGGUGCGCGGAGGGUCUGAUGGGGAUGCAAUCAGCGUUUUCGCGUCUUCAAACAUUUGGAUCGAUCAUUGUUAUCUCGCACGGGCUAAAGAUGGUCUUAUUGAUGUGAUUCAUGCUUCAACUGGCGUCACGAUCUCUAAUAACUAUUUCACUCAACACGAUAAAGUAAUGUUAUUAGGACACAACGACAAGUUCAUUGCAGACAAAGUCAUGAAAAUUACAUUAGUUUUUAACCAUUUCGGUGAGGGACUUAUCGAGAGGAUGCCGAGGGUCAGGAUAGGCUAUGCACAUGUUGCUAACAACAAAUACGACGAGUGGAAGAUGUACGCCAUCGGUGGCAGUGCAAAUCCAACCAUUUUCAGCGAAGGAAACUACUUCGUAGCGCCCGAUAAUCGUAGUCCCAAGCAAGUUACGAAAAGAGAAGCAACAAAUUGGCAAAACUGGAAAUGGCAAUCGUCAAAGGAUGUGUUUAUAAAUGGUGCAUAUUUUGUACCAUCCGGCUAUGGUAGCGCUGCUCCUCUCUAUACUCGAGCUCAAUCGUUCACUGUUGCUCCAGGAUACAUGGUCCCAGUUUUAACAUCAAACGCCGGUCCUUUACGUUGUCUUGUCGGGAAACCGUGCUGAUUUGUUCGACUUACGGUCCGGUUUUUACCAUUGGCAGACGUUGUUGUUCAGUUAAAAGAACCAAAUAAAGAAAGUUAUGAGCUUUUUCAGGUUAAAAUAUGCCCAGGGUCAUUGUACUUUCCUAAAAUUUAAAAUUUAGUCCUUAUACUUUUUUAUUUAAAAA